AUGGGCGACUACUCCAGCGCAAGGACAUCGGGGGGCCCAGAAACACCAUCGGGUAAAACAUCCGGAAUCCUGGAGAAAGAAAUUGAAGACUUGAACAAUGAGUUCUUUCUUGGGAUUCCAAAUCCCAAGUUGCAAUCUCCGAGUACUCGACCGGUGAUUCAAAGAUCAAAGGAAGAGCAAUGCCGUGUGUUGAUAAAGGAGCUCUUCUGGAAGAAUCGUGAAGGCCUCAACCGCGCCUUAGCCGGUUUCCGCGAGCAAGUCCGUCCAGAAAUCAGAGACAGGAAUCAACGGGCUCAUAAGCCAAAUCAAGACCAUGGAACUGUUCCGUCUAGGGAAAUUUUCCUGAGAGCAAAUGGCUGUCGUUCUAACCUAGCAGACGGGGAACGUCUAAAAAGGCUGGCCACACUAUGGGGCUUCCUCUCUUCAGAAAUUUGGAUUGUUAGGGAAAGAGAGGAUCCUUUGGAGGCUCCUAGCUCCACAACUCUGCCUAUCGAAGUUGAAUAUUCGUCCUUGGGAAACCUAGGCGAAUAUGACGACCCUACAUGGAAUGAGUUCAAUUUGAACGCAUCUACGAUGGAACGAGCUGACGUUGUGAAGUUGGCUGAUCAGAAGUGCGGUAGCCCUAAAAAGCGGCAAUCCAAAAUCACUGAGCAUAUGAUGAUCACUAAACCAAGCCAACUGAAUCAUCAACCUCCCAAAAACCCAGGAACGCCUUCCACGGUUAGAAACGACGUAUCAUUUGCAUUGGAUGGUGCAGCUGCUAGUCCUGAAAUUAGCUUCGCGACCACAGUAAAUUCUGUCUUCGACCGUCCAGAGCCAUCACGCAAUCCAGGAACGUCUUUCGAAACGAUCAUCACCGAACCAUCGGAUGACACCUCUACGCAAGCCGAUUCCAUUGAAGGGGCAAUGCUAAGCGAAGAGGCUAGCAUAUUAUUAAAGUCACUGGAGGGGAACACUUCCAUGUCCAUUGAAAACGCGCUGGCACGGCGCUCUUUAGAGGAGGAAAUACUGGAAGAUCUUCUUGGAAAUGGACCCUUUGCAAAGACAAGAGAAGAAUUUUCCGAAAAAGUUCCUCUAAGGGCCAGAUAUGAGUUGGAGCGAAUCAGACAAGACUGGGAAGUCGAGCCAAAACAGAUUCUCGUCGGAGACAAACCGUAUGAGAAAUAUUCUGAUUUCUGGCAAUGGCUUGAUGAAGUUGGUCGGCGUAUGAACAAAACCCUUCCUGAAAAGCCAUUAAUGAAAGCCUGGAAUUCUGCUAUUGGUCGCUACCAAGGCGAUCGGCAUUCUGAAGCUGUCGUUUUGAGCGGAACCCUUGAUUGGUGCAAUAAAGACGAAGCUGGCAUGUUCAAAUUGAGGCUUAACCCCCUUAAAAUCGAUAGAACUUGUCGCUUCCACCGUCGCUUUGGGUCGGAUAGAUUCUUGAGCAUAAUUAUACCUUCGCCUUCGCAGCCUCCGAAACACAUUGCGAUUAGGAAUCAGACAAUCGUACGCGAAAUUCUGACGAAAUGGCUCGUCAAUAACGAUCACUAUUUCUUGCGGAGGAGAUGGAAAGCCUUUUACGUCGAUGACUACAAAACUAGAAGCAAGUCCAAAAGCGGCCAGUCCAGGAUCCGUGUGGAAUUCUUUGCUGUUGAUGGCUCGGAUUUUACUCUGAAAUUUCAUCCUCCAACUCUCUCACCGGUUGGCGAGACUUGUGAAUCACAUACGCGGAUGACGUUAGACCAGUUAGUUCAAUGGCAUAUCCCACUCGACGAUAACAGAGAUCAGACAGAUUGCAAGCUAUUCAACCGUAUCGGUCUUGCGCUUUCAAAGACAUGGGCAACUGUGGUUUUACAGCCGGAUCAAAUCAGGAAGCUUCUCGGCCCCAAAGGUAAACCUGUUAUGAACGAUGGUUGUGCUCUGAUGUCCCGCUCGCUAGGUCAGGCCAUAUGUGUGGAGUUGGGGAUUGAUGGGGCCACCCCGAGUUGCUUCCAGGGUCGUAUUGCUGGUGCCAAAGGCCUGUGGAUGGUUGACAGGGACCAGGCUGGUGAUGACUCGUUUUGGAUUGAAAUAUCAGACUCACAGCUGAAAAUAAAGCCGCAUCCACACGACCUUUCGGGUUAUGUCGAUAAAGAAAAGGUGACAUUUGAAGUUGCAAGCUGGUCCAAGCCUUUGCGACCAUCAGAACUCAACACGCAACUUCUUGAAAUCUUGGACAAUCGUGGGCAAGUGAGAAGUCGCGUUGCAGAGAUUGCGCGGACCGCGAUCAGAGAGGUUUAUAUGGAAUUCGAGACUGUCAUGGAGAAGAACAGUAUCCCUUUGGCGAGGGCCUUGAUGCAGAAAAUUCGGCCUACCCCUGAAGAUGAAUCAUCCCGCACAAGUUUGCGGCGAGUUGAUCAAUGGAUAGCACAAAAUAUAGAGUCUGUCAUUCGUUUUCUAGAGGCAGGUUUUACUCCGAGAGAAUUUCGUCCUCUACGAGACCGCAUGAGAAUAUGUUUAAGUGACACCCUGAACAAAUAUGUCGACGACCUUCAUAUUCCCAUACCGCUAUCGACCUAUGCAUACUGCAUUGCCGAUCCGUAUGGAAUACUAGAAGAAGACGAGGUUCAUUUUGCUUUCUCCAGCCAAUGGAGGGACUGUUCAUCCUUUGAAGAUGUCAUGGUAGAUGGCAUGGAUGUUCUCGUCGGGCGGACACCAGCUCACUGUCCCUGGGACAUACAAAGACGGAAGGCAGUUUGGAGGCCGGGGCUCCGGCAUUUCAAAGAUGUUAUUGUUUUUUCAACCAAGGGCAGCACUGCCCUUGCGAGCUUGCUCUCAGGUGGUGACUACGACGGUGAUCGACCCUGGAUCUGUUGGGAUCAAGGAAUCGUUGAAACCUUCACGAAUACUAACCCUCCUAAUUUUGAGCAUGGUCCCGAACAUUUUGGACUCGUGAAACAUGCCCGACCAAUGAAUGCAAUUAAUUCCGUUGAUGAGCUGCUUGAGAGCGCCUUCAAAUUCAAUUUAGCUCCAUCAAAUCUCGGACUUUGCACUACUGAACAUGAGAAACUUGCAUAUGAAGAGAUGAAGGGUCUUAGCUCACCAUUGUCAAUCGAGCUAGCAACGCUUCUUAGUCACCUAGUUGAUAGUAAGAAGUCAGGCCUGCAGCUCACGAGUGAGCAAUGGCGGCGAUACUGCAAGAGCCUUAGUCCACAGGAGAGAAGAAAGCCGGCUUAUAAAGACCCGACGGCGGAGAAAUGGAACGUUCGCAAUAUAAAUGAUUAUCUCAGGUUUGAAGUUGGACUCCGGGAAAGAGAAGAGGCCCUGGCAAGGUUCAAUCAGAUGUACGGUGCAGAAGAAGACAAUUGGGAUGAAGAUCUUAUUCGUCCCUGGAAGGCAGCAUUCAUGAGAGCUGAACGGGAAAAGGAAGAAGUGGAGCACAGAAGACCUGAAGUAGCGCUCAGUUCUACGUUAUACGAAGUCCUGAAGAACGUAAGGGAACAUAUUAACCAAGCCUAUCACAAGUGGACAAGAGGGUGUAGCCCUCAUGGAACCCCGAUAGCGCUCAAGGUCCAGCUUGCUGCCGACUUGCUCAACAGAAUCCAGCCACCUGAUUUUAAUCAUCCACUUGCACACACUUGGCAGAAUAGCGAGUUUGAAUGGCAAAUACUGCUAGCAUCGGGAGCGUAUUUCCUACGCUGGCGUUCCGCUUUCCCCUUAUAUGCAGCCGGCGAGACUUUAUGCAGGAUUAAGACUGGAAAGGAACCGGCACGGCUCAUCCGAGACCAGGUCUAUAUCAGCAUGAAAGUCAACAGUGGUAGGGCACGCCGUCUAGCUGGUGCGGAGGCUGAAGACAUCGCAGAUGAUGAGGUGGAAAGCGAUGGGGAGUCCGAAGAUUUCGAUCGAAAGUCAGAUAUUGACGCACUCCUUGAGAUUGGCGACUAA